AUGGCUCUGCCAGCAAAACGGAAAUAUGAUAGAUCAGAUCCACCAGUUUUAAUUCCUUUCUUAUAUGGAAGAGAAGAAGGAACCUGGCUACCCUUGUCAACACCCGGCAGCAAGCGAGCGCAAGCUGAAUUCGCUCCAUAUUGCUCGUUUGAGGAGUUAAUUUACAACGAUGAAAGGACAAGAUACGCUCGUUGUAUUGACUCGAACUGCAGAAAACAAUGUACGAAACCGUUUUUUUAUACAAAAGGUGAAAACGCAAAUUACCUUCAAAAGAAAUUUGUGGCGCAUAUGGACGAAAGCCCUCUCGCAAAACGAAUUAUUAUUGUUCGACCACCAGAAAACUCACAAGCUAUUCGUCAAUUUUUUCGUCAGAACAAAUUCUCGGAUGAGGAAGUAAAGCAACUACGAAAACUUCAAUGUGAAAUGAUCGCGAGUGGGACUGUUCCCAUAUAUUUCUUUUCAACACCCCAAAUGGCAAAUUUCAUGGCAAAAUACACGGAGCUCACCACGAGAAGCGCGAACACAUUCGCCGAUCAAGUAAAAUCAAGCGACGUUACUCUAAAAAAAUUGGCGAAGGAUGAAGAUCAGUGCAUAAAAGUCCUAAUCCGCGGAAAUAUUGAUUUUAUUGAAAAUUCGGCGGAGUUUUGCCUUCUUCUCGACCACCAGUUUAAUAGAUCGCCGAAAGAAUCGCAUAGAGGAAAUAAAAGGCUCGGCCUUGCGAUGCAGCACACAAACACUGAGCUAGUGACUUCAAAGAUUCUCCUGACUUACAAGCCAAUGUUCUCAUCAGGAAAAGAUGCGAACGUUCCUGAAAUUGAGAGAAUACUGGAGGGGUAUGGACUACUAAAUGGGGUCCGAAGAGGAAACAUUCCAGUUUGCUGCGACAUGGCAGCUCUCGCAAUCGCCAAAAAAUUAUCGCCACAAAACUACAACGGUUGUUUCUCACAUCAUAUCUCCAACUUUGUCGAGUUAAUUCUGACGAACCUCGCCGAAAGAACAAAGAUUCACUGGCUAAACGCCAAAGACGAAAUCGAAAAAUUUGAAAACCUCGUUCAAGGGUCGAACGAGCUCAAAUACGAGUCCCGAAACGCCUACUUACGUCGGACCCAGCUUGACGAAGUCGACAAAACAGCUCUUGCCCAAAUACUUGUGGAGUGCGAAAUUGACUCACGUUACCUGUCAGCCAACGAGAUCAAAAAGAAGGCAGAGAAGAAGAAAGCUAUACUCAAGUAUUAUCCGACCAUAGAAAAAUGCGAAAAGAGUACGCGGUUCCGAAAAUAUGUCAAAUCGCUUAUAAAUCUCAAAAUAGCAAACAAGCCUAUGGUCGCUCUUGAGGCCAACACACAUCCGCAAUCGCACCUCGCUCUCGAUCAUCAGAUGAACACAGUCUUUCUCGAUGCGCUGAUGCCAUUUCUUGUCCGAUUAGCACAAAUGAUUUCUCUAGCUGAGUCAGAAAACGUCGGAAGUGGUUUCGCACUGCGAGAAUACGAGCUUUUCGGUGCAAUCAGUGCUCGUUCAUAUUACGGAAGCGUCGGAUGCCGAAAAGAUAUUGCGCGCUCUUGUUUACAAUCUGUUAUCGAGCAUUUGUUCGGUUACUGGGUGACAAACUCUGGCGAAAAGCAAAAAUCAACGAUACCGAAGCGAAUUCACGAUAAAGAGAUUGCUCAAUAUUAUCUCUAUCUUGAGACACAUUUUUUAAACUUAGAGAUUUUUACGGACGAAUUGGAUAAAAGCAAGUCCGAUCCUAUGAUUUCUACAAUGCUGAAGCUUAUCGGAACCGAAACUGAAUCAUGGAAACAAACAGCGCACAACUAUAUUAUCAGUUUGUCAAAAUCGGUGUCGAAGCAAACUGGCAGUGCUUCUCAAGAAAGUACUCCUUCUCAAGAAUGUACUCCUUCCCAAGAAAGUACUCCUUCCCAAGAAUGUAAUCCUUCCCAAGAAUGUUCUCCUUCCCAAGAACAAAUCAACGAGGUGACAAAAGGAUUUCGCUCAAAGCUCUGGGCGAAAAAAGCUCAGAAGAAAAAAUCGCCAUCCAAAGAAAAAACCAUCGAGGAUGAGUUGGCCUUAUAUGAUGAUCUUGAUGUCGAUGAUUUAGAAAUAUUCGAGGAAAGAAUGAAGGCAAAGAAGAUUCCAAAACAUAACUGGCCUUAUUACUUUUCAGCACAGCUGCCUGAGACGAUGCCAAAACUAAAAUUCGUUUCCAAACUGGUGACAAAUAUACCCAUCUUUUGUUUUCGGACUGGGUUUUGGAGCCCAGUCGCUCAGCCUUGCCUAGAGAUCAACAAAGAUCCAGCAAAGGCAUAUGAAUACACUAACAAAGGAAACUUGGUUGCUGUUAUUUCCAAUGGAACAGCUGUCCUUGGUCUUGGAAACAUCGGCGCAUUGGCUUCAAAACCUGUUAUGGAGGGCAAGGCUGUUCUGUUUAAAAAAUUCGCCAAAGUCAAUGCAAUUGACAUUGAAGUCGACACUGCUGAUCCAGAAGAGCUCAUUCGAACGGUCAAGCUCCUCGAGCCCUCUUUUGGAGGCGUCAACCUUGAAGAUAUCAAAGGACCCGAUUGCUUCAGAGUUGAGGAAGAAUGCAAGAAGCAAAUGAACAUCCCAGUAUUUCAUGAUGAUCAACACGGUACCGCCAUCAUCUGCUUGGCUGGUAUCAUCAACGUACUAGAAAUCAAACAGAUGAAAAUCCAGGACGCUAAGAUUGUCAUGGUCGGAGCUGGAGCAGCUGGCAUCGCUUGUAUGGAAAUGGUCAAAAACUACGGAGCGGACGCUAAAAAAUGUUACAUGCUUGAUACCCGAGGUGUUAUUUACAAGGGACGAGCUGCGGGUAUGAACGAGUACAAAGAAAGACACGCCAUUGAGACCGACGCUCGAACGCUUGAGGACGCUAUCAAGGGAGCGGAUAUCUUUAUUGGAGUUUCAUCCCCCGAGCUUCUUACUAACGAAAUGCUUCUUUCUAUGAACGAAAAACCUGUUGUCUUCGCGAUGGCAAAUCCAAACCCCGAAAUCACUCCCGACCGCGCUCACUCCGUAAGAGACGAUUGCUUCGUGGCUACUGGCCGCUCUGACUACCCAAAUCAAAUCAACAACGUCAUGUGUUUCCCAUUCCUUUUCCGAGGCGCUCUUGAUGUUCAGGCUACCGAGAUUAACGAGGCCAUGAAAAUCGCCUGUGCCGAUGCCCUAGCAAAGCUGGCCAAGGAGCCCGUUCCAGACUCCGUCAAAUCCGCAUUCCCCGCUGAGAAGUCUUUUGAAUUCGGCCGAGAAUACCUCGUACCAACUCCUUUUGACCCAAGACUGUUGACACACAUUUCGAUGGCCGCCGCCAAAGCCGCUUGUGAUUCCGGAGUCGCAAGAAAACCAAUUACCGACUGGGCUGCCUAUGAAAAACAACUGCAAUCUAUGUAA